GUUAAGGAUUGCUUGUGCAGCAAAGAAAUCCAAUCAUCUUCAGCCUCAUCAAUCUGCAAUUGUACCAGCAGUUCCUAGGAUUGGUGAAGACGAGCCGCCUCCUUCCUGGGACUUUGUUUUGACUCCGAAAGCUAUGGUUGGAAGAGGUUCUCCAAAACUCAGUAUGAUUCCAAGGGUGUCUCCUAAGCUUGGUAGGAUGCUAUCUGUGACAAGUACUAGGAUGAAGACUGUCUCUCCUCAAAGUAGACUUGCUAAGAAGACUGCAAGCUCUCCAAAAGGAAACCAAGUCAAGCAGCGGGCAAUUUGGAAUGCGAAGUUGGAGAAGUCACUUGUUGAAAUCCUUCAUGAGUAUAAAGACAGUGGUUAUAGAGGAGAUAAUGGCUGGAACACUGAAGGAUGGAAUAGAAUGGUGAAAGAUUUCCACACAAGGAACAGAUGUGUGUCAUUCACCAAAAGUCAAGUUCAAGAGAAGGAGGGUCAACUGAAAAGAGAUUACAAGAUGUUGAAAGCGGCCAGACAACAAAGUGGGUCUUCUUGGAACGAGAAGAGAUGCAUGGUCGAGGGAUCGCCAGCUAUGUGGCAAAACUUACAUUCCCAAAGAUCAAAAAGUUUCGCAACAACAAGGCCAGCUUUCCCUUGUAUGAUGCACUUGGUGAGCUAUAUGACGGACAUCUUGCUGAGGGAAAAUACAACUGCACCUCCCUUGAUUCAAUGGAAGAUGAGGAACCCCUGAGGCUAGUACAAGAAUUGGAAGAUGAUGAACCCCUGAUUGAACAACAAGAUGAUGUUGUGCUGCUCGAAGACCAAAGGAACUCAAGAGAGGAAGAAACUGAUGUUGUGCUGCUUGAAGACCAAAGAAACCCGAGAGAGAAGGAAACUGAAGUUGAGGAUUCAAGAAUUGUGACUGAAGAGGAAAGAAGACGGGCUUUAAUAGCAAAAAGGAGACAACAAAAACAAGAUAAGAAGACUAGUAAGAAUUCAAGAGUGGAGAGCAUGAUGGAGCGAUACCUUGAGAUGAGGAGUAAACAAGGCGAGGAAGAAGUUGCAGCUAGAGAGAAGGAAUGUUCACAAGCAGCAGAGUAUUCUGUCAAGAAGUGUGUAUCUAUGUUGAGCUCAAUGGAUGUCACCAAAGAAGAGAAGGCAAAGGCUUAUGCAGUUUUUAAGACCCCAGCAAAUAGAGAAAUAUUUUUGUGUGCCUGUGAAGAUGACUUGGAGUCUGCUUUAAUGUGGCUGAGAAAUGAAAUGGCCUAGCAUCAUCAAAGCAAUCCAUGUGAUGGCGAGACCGGUCUGCUCCUACCCAGCGCUCCUCGAUCAUCUACAGCGCGAUCCUCUCCUCGUCGUCCAUCGCUGAUCAGCUGUUGUCCAUCGCCGAUCAGAUGAUGAGGCUUUAUAUUUUCAGUUUUCUUACUUGCACGAAGUUUAGUUUGUUUCUUAUUAUAAUCCUGAUCAGCUGUUGUGGCAACCCAGACAUUAUUUUGUUCAUGUGCUGUUGACCUUGGUAGCUGUUAAAUUGAUGUCAAACUCAUGAUCAUAGCUGGCCCCGUAAUCAUGGAGACAUCCCUUUGCUAAACUGUAUCUUAGAGCUGCUGUUAAGCCCCUGUGAUCUUUUUGCUAGGAUUGGUGCUAGCUGUUUUCAUUCCAGCUCAAACCGAAUGCAUUUUUUUGAAGAG